UGAGGGGGAGGCCUUCUCUUCCUCCGUCUCCGUCUCGCUCCCUUCCUUCCGUCUUAUCACACAAUAAGAUUGGAUGCCCUCGCUGGAGCGCCACUCUCCUUCUCACUGGCUCACAUCCCAUAUCCGCUCCUCCUCCGUGCUAGCACAUCUUUGCAUACGCGGCCACUAACCUCACCCAUUUCGAGCUCCCCUUUCACUCUCGUCUCGCAGCACCACUGUUUGGAAGCUAUGGCGAUGGCAGUGGGGAGCUCCUGCAGGGCCACCGUGGGGUCGCUGCCUGUAGCCCAAGUGGUGUCCGUCCGUGCUUCCUCGCCACGGUCGACUGUGUCCCUGAGCUCCGCCUUUGUGGGUUUGCACUUGCAAGGUGUAGCCUGCAGAAGCUCAGUGGUGAGCCCAGUGACAAGAAGGUCAGUAGUAGUGCGGGCCGCGGCAGCUCCAACCAAGAAACCUGACCAGGCUGAUAAGAGAGCUCGUCAAAAUGAGAAAAGACGUGUGUAUCACAAGGCGAAGAAGUCCGAGGUUUCCACUCGUAUGAAAAAGGUAUUCGUGGCUCUUGACGGACUGAAGAAGAAGACGGACGCUACAGAGGAAGAUUUCAAGCCCAUCGAGAAGCUUAUUGGAGAGGCCUUUAAAAUUAUUGACAAAGCAGCUAAGGUUGGCUCCCUUCACAGGAACAAGGCUGGGCACCAGAAGUCUCGUUUGUCCAGGGCUAAGAGGACCAUGAUGAUCCAGCUGGGUUUGUACACUCCCAGUGCUCCCUCAUCAGAACCCACAGCAGCCUAGGUAUGGAUUGAUUCGACGAGAUUUUCUAAGUAGAGCAUGUUUUUUUUUUCUCAAUCUCUUCAGAGCAAUGCCUUCAGAGCAUUCAAAACUUGACCUCUUCAAUAGUCUCCAAAGUAGAAACCGAGGUACUUUCAAUCAGAGAGACCUCAUUCACUUUUUACGUCUGGGUUUUCUUGCCUAUAUUAGUCUCGAGAGUGUAGACAUGCGAAGUGGUCAGUUUGGCUCUAGACAUCUACUUACUAAUCCACCGCAUUUUAUUAUAAUCCCUGAAAAGACCCGCCUAUAGUUCUUUCACUCAAGCAGGCAGCCGAGUCACUUUUGCUAACCCCUUAAAUGUUCAGUUGCGACUAAUUCGAUUAACAUACGUCCAUGAAUUCUUCUCUUCAUUCACUUAACCAGUUGCAAAGCUUAGCAUUGAAAUGA